AUGCAAGGCGAAGUCUGGGAGCUUUUGGCGGGCAGCGCCGAGCAGAAAUCCCCAGUCUCGCUUUCAACUUCGCCGGGUCUACAGGAGGCGCGCGCCGCAGAAAAAGCGCCGGCGGCGGCGGCUGAGUCGGCGCGGCCGGCCGAGCGGCCCGCCGACUCCGCCGAGUCAGCGAAAACGGCCGAGCCGGCGAAAGCGGCGCCCUUCAGAUCCAGAGCCAGCGUGAGCCGGGUGAUCCCGGCUGAGAUCACGCAGGACGCGGGGCUCAACGCGGCUAUUGCCGCCGGGCUCCCACGAACCCAUGACUUUGAGAUCCACCGAUCCAUCUGGAAGCUGCGCCGAGCUGGCGCGCGUCACGUAGGGCUUCAGCUGCCGGAGGGUCUGCAGGGCUGGGCGACAGCCCUGGCAGACAUUCUGUGCAACUUUGCGCCCAGUGUUCAGACGGCCACGAUCUUCGGGGACGUGACCUUCGGCGCCUGCUGCAUCGACGAUUUGGGGGCGAGCGCGCUGGGGGUGGACUUUUUGAUCCACUACGGCCACUCCUGCAUAGUGCCGACUGACCAAACCACAGUGACCACCCUCUACAUCCACGUGGAGGUGGAGGUGAAUGUGGAUCACUUGGUGGACACGGUCCUUCACAAUUUUUCGCCUGAGAAGCGCCUCGCCUUCAUGAGCAGCGUGCAGUUCUCCUCUGGCAUGAUGCAGGCCGUGGAGCGCCUGCGAAAGGAAGAGGAUGGAGCGCGCCCCUCGGCGCCGCAGGUGAAGCCGUUGGGCGUGGGGGAGACUCUUGGAUGCACCUCGCCCCAUGCCGGGGACGUGGAUGCGGUCAUUUUUGUGUGCGACGGCCGGUUCCACCUGGAGAGUGCCAUGAUCCAGAACCCGCACCUACGGGGCAACUUCUUCCGGUACGACCCCGCCUGCCUUACGCUCACGCGCGAGGGCUUCGCGCACGCGGAGCUGCAUAAGAGCCGCAAGGCGGCCAUCGCGGCGGCGAAGGACGCGAAGAGCGUGGGUCUCGUCUUGGGCACCCUGGGCCGGCAAGGCAGCGUGGGGGUGCUCGAGGAGAUCGAGCGACUCCUGGAGCGACUAGAUGUCACGUACUUCACCAUCCUGCUGUCGGAGAUCUCCCCGGAGCGUCUCGCGCUCAUGCCCAACGUGGAUGCCUGGGUGCAGGUGGCCUGUCCACGUCUCUCCAUGGACUGGGGAAGGGCGAACCGCAUCCCGGGGAUCGGCUACGAGAUCGCUCGAGGCUUGGCACGCCGAUUGCCCGAAGGGAGCACCGUGGUGAUCACCGCCAGGUCUCCAGAGAUGGGUAAGCAGGCCGUUGAAACCCUGGCGGUGGAGAUGGGAGAUCGGGCAAAGAUCCAGUUUCAUCAGCUGGACAUCGGCGAUGCCAAAUCCGUGGAAGCCCUGGCCCAGUACGCCUCCUCCUUGGGCGGCAUCGACGUGCUGGUGAACAACGCGGGCUUGGCCUUCCCCAUGAACGACCCCACGCCCUUUCCGGAGCAGGCGAGGCAGACCGUCAACGUGAACUACUACGGCACCAAGCGCAUGCUAACCAUCCUCCGGCCCCACUUGAAGCCCAAGUCGCGCUCAGUGGGCGUCUCCUCUGCUACAGGUCAGUUGGGCUCCAGCUGGUCCGAUGCACUCAAGCAGCGCCUAUUGUCGGAGACAUUGAGCCUCCAGGAGUUGGACGCCAUCGCCGAGGAGUUCGUGGCUGCGGCGGCCGAUGGCCGGCACCAGGAGCUCGGCUUUCCCGGGUCAGCCUAUGGCACUUCGAAGGCCUUGAUGACCCAGCUGCACCGGGUCCUCGCGAACACGAGCUCUCCCCCGGCUCUGCUCUGCUCGGUGUGCCCGGGGCUGUGCCGGACCUACAUGGCCACAGGCCGCGGCACCUUCAUGAGCAACGUGCUGUGGUUGGCCUCCUUCGUCGUCGGCAACUCCGCGGAGGGGGGCGCCGACACACCGCUGUAUCUUUGCACAGAGCUGCCAGAGGCAGAGUGGCCAUCGGUACAUGGCCGAUUUCUGCAGAACCGGCAGGUAAAGAACUACUGA